AUGGCGCCACGAGUGACGAACUGGGCGACAUCCAGGAGCACCACGCCCUCCGGGAGGUCCGUCUCGUCCGCCGCGUCCACCCGAAGCCCCCACGGCUACGGGAGGAAAGACGGCGAGCGGGUAUCCUGCGCGACGAUGCAGGGCGUGUGGACGGCCUGCGAUGUCUUCUGGGACUUCGACAGGGGCCGCACCGGGUUCGUGACGCGAAAGGAGUACAUCCAGCGGCUGGGGGACGCGCCGAGCGUGGAGCGCGUGCGGGUGCUGCGACGGGCGAACCUCUCGCGGCGCUUCCGCGGGGACGCGUCGCCCGUCUCGUUGACCGAGAUGCUGCACCUCUGCUGGCCGUCCGCCACCGCGGAAGAUGCUGUCACCAUGCGGCGGUGGGUGGAGUUGCGAGAAGCUUACCACAUCUUCGUCAAUCCGGACUUCCGAGGCUCCGACCUCGACAUGCGGCGGAGCUUCGAGCUGCUAGGCACCGGGGGGGACUGCGUCGUCGCCUCCCAGCUGGUCCGAGCGCUGGUGCUUGCCUCGGACGACGCGUGCAGCCUCGCGCGGACCCAGAGUCUGAGGCGGCACCAGAUCGACUGGCUGGAGUGGAAGGAGCGGUGGUGGCCGGCGCUGAGGGCGACCUACGUGACCCGAGAGACCAUCGCCAAGAUGCGGAGGGAGGAGGAGUCGGCCACCGCCGGCGACUUCACCUACACCCUCCGCGCCAGCCUCCUGGGCUCGGGCGGGGCGGCGUUCUGA